CGUCAUUCUCUGACCGGAAGUAAACAACCCGGGCUAUUUUAAUUUUGUGCUCCUUUGUUUUCUUCAUUUUAGUUUUUAUUUGAUUCAAACAUAAAUUCAUCAUUAUAAACAUUAAUGGAUACUUAAAAUCUUCGUAAUGUUGCCACCUAUAUCUAGCCGGACAACACCUAUGUCCGGAGAAACAAUAAUUAAGCUGGCUAGACAACAUUAUGAGUGUAAUCAUGAUUUGAAAUCCCAACCAUUACAGCCCUAUCAACACGAGCCAAUUCAGUGCCGAACUAAUGUUACAUGUCAAACAAGAAAGCCUGAAGACUAUUGGAAUCGAAACUUUGGUCGUCGACAAAGCAAUCUUCAUCGUGGCUUUUAUUCCACUCAAACGGAACCCUACAAGCCUAUUGGUGGAGAUGUCAUUCUGGACUCUUCUGAACUUUUUUUCUCAUCAUUCCCAUCAGAAAGCAUAGAACCAAAAGCAAGGUAUAAUUACAGACGAGGAACCUUGAAAUCAUUGGAUUUGGAGCCUAAAGUUGUGACAAAGUCUGAUAAAAAGUCUGAGAGCUCGAGCCUUACAGGGUCAGGCCUCCAGGAGUGCUAUAGUUCAGCGGGAUAUGACGAUAUACGGCGACUCCUGAAGGAGUCCAGACAGAGAAUAACCAUGGUGAAGGGAGGAAUGCCCUAUGAGGAACACAUCAAGGCUGGGGAGGACCGCAGCAAGAACAUUGUGGAUAUGGGCAGGCCUCCGCCAGACUCUGGGAUGGUGCUUCAGAGUGUAUCCUCCAUCAAUAUCGGAACUUUCAAACCCAGCAACUCAAAGACUUCCUCCAGGAAAACAAGUGGACACUAUGGUGCCGACAAGACAUGCGUGAAUAAAGAGGAGGGGCGGGGUGUUUCAAGGGCCUCCACUCCCUACAGUCUUCUGGGCUCGACCCGUAACGGCGUCAUGGCUCCACCAUCCAGAGAGAGGAGCUCUAGCAAGAUGUCCCCGCUUACUGUCAGCAGCAGAAUAGCAGCCAUUUGUCAGAGGAAGGAGAGACAGUUUCGAGACCACUUGCUGUACUUACAGUCUGUCAACUCCAUACUAACAGCACUGCACAAUAUGAAGUUAAAAGACAUACGGUCAAAGGUGCCACUCUCCAAAGAAGUUGUGGAGCGCUUACAGAAGGAGGGCCCAUGUCUGACCUGCAAGGACGAUGAGAGGGGAAGCAAAGGCCCCUAUAAUGUCCCAAGAGCAAUCAGGCAGCGAACCUCAGUCGUAGACGUGGACAACGAGAGCAAUACUAGCGAGCGGGGAACCACCAGACAGUCGAUUGUGGGAGCCAGCAGGCGGGCUAAUCCACUAGAUAUGGGCAAGGGCUUUGGAAGAAGGCGUUCUCGUAUGGCUGGCCCCAUGCCGGUGUCAGACAUGCGUGGCCUGGAGACGUGGGAGGACUUCCUGAACGUACAGUCUGAGGAGUACAAAGACGCCCACGGCAGCCUGCACUUCCAGAUUGGCAUCAUAAGCAAGUUCAUGCGCUGGUACAGGAGGGCCAGUGUGCUGCCUAGUCAUGCCCAGACCUCGACCGGGCCUCAGAUCCCUGACCGGGCCACUAUUCUGGAGAUGUUAGAGUCUCAGGGUGCUGAGAGAGACAGAGAGCACAGCAAGGAUGAGGUGAAGCCGUCCCUGGCAGCCUUGCAUGGCCCCAGCCACCCCACUGAGAAGAAGAAACUGCCCAUCUGGCAGCAGGUCGCGCAGGAGAAGUCUGUCUUCACAAACAUACAAAAUAAAGAUAAAACUUUAAAUCCCGACACAACCAUCCUGAGGUUCAAGAAAAACAUGAACAAAUUACGGAAAAACCUGGAAAAGGAGAACACAGCUGAGAUUGAAAAAAUGGUCAGGGAGCGUGUGGCAAACUUCCGUCUAAAGUUCAGCACGUUGAACUCGGAGGAACGCAGCUGUAUCUUUGAGGAGCAGAUGCUGAGAAUACAGGAGGUCAAGGAUAAUGUGAACAAGACACACCUGGAGAACUUUGAUGUCCAGCCAUCCAAGUGGUAUGAGGAGCUGCUGCAUCAGACUGUGGCCCUCAUCUCUUCGUUUGAUCAGCCCCAACUCCAAGAGGCCCUUACUAAGCUGCAGACGUACGCCCACAUGGACAACAAGACUGUGCCCUUUGCCAAGAGCAAGCUGUGUCUGUUGAUGAUGUCACUUCCUGCCUAUGAUAUCUGCCAGAUUCACAUGCAGAGGGCUCUAAAGAUGGUGUUCGAGGAGAUACUACUGGGCCAGGAGGUGCAGUUUGACGAGUGGCUGGCACUCAGGAAGAUCCCAUACAUGGUGACCGGUAGCGACCAGCCACUGGAGCCCUCAUCUGGAUUGGCACACCCUUCCAAGGAACCCUAGCUUAGCUGCGGGGGAUGGGGGUCAGGGGAGCAGUUUUAGGGUGUUUUAAACUGGAAAAGACCAACUCAGUGCAAGUGGAAUAUUAAACAUGAAAACAAA